AUGUCUGCGGAGCACCCGAACCGCUGCUGCCCCACCGAAAAGGGCCCCGCCAAGUGCGCGUACAGCCCCGCUGGCAACGAUCUCUACAUUGUGGGCCCCUACAACAGCAAGGCUGGCGUGGUGCUCGUGUGCGACAUCUUCGGUUUGCUGCCCAACUCGAAACGCUUUGCUGACGUGCUAGCUGAGCAAGGCUUCCUUGUAGUCAUGCCGGACUUUUUUGGAUCGCUGGCAUGGCCUGAGUCAGAGUGGCCCGCUGACUUCCAGUCGACGCGAUGGACCCAGUAUGUGGAAAAAAUCACGCAGUUUGACAGCUUUGUGCCUCGCAUGGAGGCGGCGAUCGCGGUGCUGCGCCAGGUGGGGUGUGCGAAGGUCGGCGCCAUUGGCAUGUGCUGGGGUGCUACCCUGCCGUUCAUGAUGGCGGCACAGGGCAAGAUCGACGCUGCCGCAGCAGCGCACCCGUCCUUCUUCACUGCCGACGCAUUGAGGGCCGCGAAGGCGCCCGUGCUGGUGCUGCCGUCGAAGGACGAGCCUCCCAUGGAAGAUGUCGAAGCCGCUGUCAACUCGCACCCGAUGGAGCCGCACGUGUACAAGCGCUUUGACACCCUGCAACACGGGUUCUUUGGUUCCCGCUACAACCCUGACACGUACACAGCUGCGGAAGUCAAGGAUGUGGAGAUGGCACGUCAGCUCGUGUUGGACUUCUUCAAGAAGUCACUCCAUUAG